CCUCCGUUUGCUCCAGAGCAGCUCUCGUUUGGCCAGAAGAAAACUGUAGCGGAUCUCAAUGGAUUUACUAUAUGAGAUCACACACCUAUCGGGAUAGCAUCCACAUUUACUACGGGUUCAUAAUGUUUCUGAAAGAACGACUACACUACAGAUAGAGGACGAGUGAAGACCCUUUUGAGGGAUGACCGACCUGGAGGCAUCGACAGUGGGGGAACCCCCUCCCCCGUAUAUGAUCUUCCUCCUGGUCUUCUUCUUCUUCAUCACUGGCCUCCUGGGCUUCCUGGUCUGCCACCUGCUGAAGAAGAAGGGCUACCGUUGCAGGACUGGGGAGGAGGAGGACGAUGAGGAGUGUGAGCAGAAACUGGGACCAGACAAGAAUGAUGAUGAAGAAGAGGAAAAUCAAGACACCGUUGAACAAAUCCUGAAGUGCAUCAUUGAAAAUGAAGCUAACAUGGAAGCCUUCAAGGAUAUGCUAGGAAAACAGGAUAUAUGUCAACAUCAUGAUCCUAGAUUACUGCGCAAAGAGAGCCUGGGGGGUAUUCCACCUCAUCACCACACAGUGCACUCUGGCGCCCAGCUCGACCAUAAGUCCUGCACACUCUGUGUGCAAGGGCGGUCCAAGAAGGCCCGCCGCCUGAGCCGUGUGCCUCGGACCAAUAAGCCCAGAACGCCAGGAGAGAGGAGAGAGUCCACUGUGUUCGCUGUGGGAAGGUUCCGAGUCACCCACAUGGACAAGAAGGAUCAGGGGUCUGGCGACCAGUUGGACCAAUCGGAGGCCCUGGAUAGUGAGAAGGCGGAUGAGGAGGACCCCCAGAGGAAGGAGGGGUACAACCUGCAGAGCAUGUUCAAAGACGUCAAAACAGAGACCACAAACGGUGUGGUGGCCACCGCGGCCAAGCGGAAGAAGAGUCUAGUUCUGUUCUCGCUGCGCAGAGGCAGUGAUCCAGUGGGGGUCAAAGUGUCACUGAGCCAGCCUGUGGUGGAAGAGGAACCCCUCUUCAAUGAUCCGUUGAAGACUGCUCCAGUGCAGACCUCCAGCCCUGUGAAGGCCCUGUCGUCCCAGCCCAGCAUGGGCUCUGCUGCACCUGACGACACUGAGAUGGCCCCUGUUAAGAUGUCCCCCACUAGGGUCACUUUUAUAGUGUCCCCCACAGAGGCUCCCGAACCGGUCUCUCCCAACACGAGUCCAGCAGGAGUUUCCCCCCUAACGCCCCCGGUACAAGAAUCCCCCAUCACCACCCCAGUACAAGUCACCCCUAUGACCCCUGAAAUAUUCCCCCUUACCCCAGGCUCCCCUACUAACCUAGCCCCUAGCCCCUUAAAUGUCUCCCCUGCCACUUCCCCUGUACAAGCCCACCCUACCCCUGUACAAGCCUCCCCUACCCCUGUACAAGCCUCCCCUACCCCUGUACAAGCCUCCCAUACCCCUACCCCGGUACAAGCCUCCCCUACCCCUGUACAAGCCUCCCCUACCCCUGUACAACCCUCCCCUACCCCGGUACAAGCCUCCCCUACCCCUGUACAAGCCUCCCCUACCCCUGUACAAGCCUCCCCUACCCCUACCCCUGUACAAGCCUCCCCUACCCCUGUACAAGCCUCCCCUACCCCUGCACAAGCCUCCCCUACCACUGCCCCCUUAAAUCUCUCCCCUGCCCUGUCCUCCAGAAUGGUGUCCCCCUCCCCUAACUCCUUAAAUCUCUCCCCUUCCCUGUCCUCUAGAAAAGUGUCCUCCAAUACUACUCCUUUAAAUCUCUCCCCCACCCCUACCCCCAUGCAAGUCUCCCCUGCCCUGUCCUCCAGAAAAGUGUCCUCCAAUACUACUCCUUUAAAUCUCUCCCCCACCCCUACCCCCAUGCAAGUCUCCCCUGCCCUGUCCUCCAGAAAAGUGUCCUCCAAUACUACUCCUUUAAAUCUCUCCCCCACCCCUACCCCCAUGCAAGUAUCUCCUGCCCUGUCCUCCAGAAAUGUCUCCCCUGCCCUGACCUCCAGAAAAGUCUCCCCUACCCCCUUAAUGGUGUCCCCUAUAGCUCCUCAUAGCAUUCUAAGUAAUACUACUACUUUAGUCAAGGUGGAACAAACCUCACCCUCCUCCUCUCCGUUCACGACCUCAGCCACAGCCACCAUGAAAGGGCCAGAACACAAGGCCGACAGCCUUGCUAGGUUUAAGGCCGACAAAGUCUCUCCCACUGUGGCCACUGUGAAAAUCUCCCCCACCGUGGACCACAUGAAAGUCUCCGCCACCAUGACUCCAACAAAAGUCUGCCCCUCCAGUGGAAGCCCUCUAGAGAACAAGCUGGAGUUGGGUAGUGUUGCCAUAGUCAACGCCAGUCCUGACAGUCAGAGGGAAGUCUCUGUGGUGUGUAUGGCUGAUGUGGUGAAGGGGGAGAAGGAGGACCCUGCUGUGGCCCAGAGCCCCCCAGAGGAGGAGAAGGAGGACGAGGUGGAGAUGGAGGACAUAAAGAACUGUCGGGUCAGCCAGGAGGAGGAGGGCGUGUCUCUGAAGGAGAAGAGGAGAUCAGUACACAGUCAGCACAAGUGGUGA